AACGGAGUCAUUUGCCUUGCAACCAAUUCCCAUGAGCAAGAAAGAUUUUCAAGUCACUAUCAAGCGUUAUAGUAAGAGAGUAAAGGAGUAUUUGGAGAAGAAUCAACCAGACAGAGUGGAAAAGUUUAUGGAAGGAAUGAAGUCGUGGUUACCAAAGUUAAUUAAAGAAUUCGAUGAUUAUGAGUUUUACAUGGGCAAGAGUUGUGACCCAGACGCAGGUUUGAUUAUGUCCAAAUAUAGAGAUGAAGCUAUAUUUCCCACAUUUUAUUAUAUCAAAGAUGGAUUAGUUGAAGAAAAGUUUUAAAAAGACAACUUUUUCAAAUAUUUAUCA